ACCACUGUACGUGUGCGAAAAACGAAUUGGUUCGUUGGUGAGUCAAGCGUUGCCUAGCUUCAUUAAACCAUACUUAUUUUUAGGGACCUUGAUAUAGCAUACUGUUUAAACAACGCCUUAAGACAGCCUUUUUUGAGGAAUGUCGGAAUCUGGCCACAGUCAGCCUGGCGUGUAUGGUCAGGGACGGAGGAGGCGCCGACGCCGAGAUAGGGAUCCCGCUGGACCGGGGCAGAAUCUCUCGGGUCCCAGUCGUGAUCGGGAGUAUAUGCCUCGAGAACGCAGGGAUGGCAGUGAGGAUCCACCAGGACCACUUCUUCAGAAGACCCCCAUAAUUCUCGCAAAACCCCCUGGAGAAAGGAGCAAGCAGAGUCAGAAUGUUCCCAUUAGUGGUGCUCCAUCCCUUGAGAAACCGAUCAUGCUCAUGAAGAGCAGGGAAGAGGCGGGUAAACCGGGGACCCCACCGGACACUGGUCCACCUGUGACCGGAACCGGAUCUGCCAAGCUGGAGAGGGAGGGUCAGCGCCCAACCCAGCCAGUGUAUCAGAUCCAGAACAGGGGCAUGGGAGCAGCAGCCAGUACUGCUGUGGACCCUGUGAUUGGCCAGACGAAGCUUCUUCCCCCUGAGAGAAUGAAACACAGUAUUAAGUUGGUGGAUGACCAGAUGAACUGGUGUGACAGUGCCAUAGAGUAUCUGCGCGACCAGACCGACAUGCUGGUGGUGGGAGUCAUAGGGCUUCAAGGGACAGGAAAGUCUACAGUCAUGUCUCUCCUGUCGGCCAAUACUCCUGAGGAGGAUCAGAGAGCGUACGUGUUCAGGGCUCAGAGCCCGGAGAUCAAAGAGAGAGGGGGGAACCAGACCUGCGGCAUUGAUUUCUACAUAACCCAGGAGCGGGUCAUCUUCCUGGACACGCAGCCUAUUUUGAGUCCCUCCAUUUUAGAUCACCUGAUCAACAACGACCGCAAACUUCCCCCAGAGUACAACCUCCCUCACACCUAUGUGGAGAUGCAGUCUCUUCAGAUCGCUGCCUUCCUCUUCACUGUGUGCCACGUGGUCAUCGUCCUUCAAGACUGGUUCACUGACAUCAACCUUUACAGGUUCCUGCAGACAGCUGAGAUGCUGAAGCCCUCCACACCCUCUGCCAGCCAUGACAGCACUGGAUCCUCAGGAAACGACGAGGGCUCUGAGUAUUACCCUCAUAUAGUGUUCCUGCAGAACAAGGCCCGGAGGGAGGAGUUCUGCCCUCGGAACCUGAAGAAGAUGCACAUGACUAUGGACAAACUGAUGGCCCACUCCCAUCUCAAGUACAAAGGCACUCUGUCCAUGCUGGACUGCAACAUCUUCCCGGGCCUGGACCGAGACUACCUGGAGACGGAGGUGAACCUUUUCCUCCUGCCCAUCCUGGAAAGCGAUGGAGAAGACGCCUUAACGAGAGCAGGUUCAGCCUUGGGGUCCGGGGCAGCCCCUCUCUUCUCCCUGCUGCCCGGGUACAGGGGCCACCCCAGCUUCUCCUCCCUGGUGGCCAAACUGCGUAGCCAGGUGCUGGCCAUGUCUCGCAGCCAGCUGUCCCACACCAUCCUCACGGAGAAGAACUGGUUCCACUACGCGGCGCGGAUCUGGGACGGUGUGAAGAAGUCCUCGGCCCUCUCGGAGUACAGCCGCUUGCUGUCUUAGUGGCCCCGUCAUAACUGCGUCCGCAGGAAGACUUGACCGCUUGGUCACCUACGCCUCGGCCGUCAGACUGCCCCAUGGUGGAGGUUUGGAAAGCCCCACUGCACCAGCCGCCUGGCUAGUGAGAUGCAGCGUAGGAGGAUGAGCAAAACAGAACAGAAGCUGGUCUGCUCUGAGGCCAAGCAUGAGAUACCCUGAGGAGGGUCACAUGAUCGUGGGGGGGGGGGGGCAGGGGGAACAGCAGACUGCAGGGACCUGCAAAAGACUAAUUCUGACUGUGUGAAGUUUGGAUACUGGCUCAUUUUUAUUUCUUUUUUUUAGACUUUUUUUUAUUGUAUUUAAAGAAGACAAAGAAAUGACACAAAUGAACAGAUAUCCAUUGAAGUGUUUUUGUUGAUCCCUUCUUCGCCUGCAACCUACCCCUUCACCCCUUGAUGGACCUGUUUUGUCACAAGGUUUUGUGGUUGAGUCUAAAUGGCCAUGUGUGUGUGCAGAUAUGAGAGGUCUUUGACCUGUGAGUCGUUGGGACAGGACUGGAUAGGACAGAUGUGGUAAACCUGCUUUCUGACGGCGGUCCCCCAAGUUUUAACAUUUAUGUUCACAGAAAUCCAGCAUAGGCGCUGAAUCGGUUCUGUGACUACUCUUAACCCUAGAGCGCUUUCACAUGUGAUUAAUUGCACAGUGUCGGUGAUGCAGAAGAACACCUGAUAUGUGACAGUGGUUUUUUUAUGCAUGGCAAGAGCUGAAAAGCAAUUGUAUGGGAGUCUUGUAUAACGCCAUGGAGGUUUUGCAUUAGCCAACAUUUCCCUAAAACAAAAAUUCUGAUCAUUUUGUAUAUCAAUAAA